AUGUCAAAUGGAAGUUUAGAGAGAUGGUUGUAUCAUCUCGAAGGUGGUAGAUUUAGAUUAAAUUUGAGUGAUCGAAUAAGGAUAGCAAUGGAGAUAGCAGAAGGAAUGGCAUAUCUUCACCAUUAUUGCUUUGUUCAAGUGAUUCAUCGUGACCUCAAGCCCAACAAUGUCCUGUUAGGAGAUGACAUGACUUCAUACAUAGCAGAUUUUGGCCUUCCCAAUAUUAUUUUUGGCAAUUCCGUGGAUUCUUUGACUUCUAUAGAUGCACUUAAAGGAUCUGUUGGCUACAUUGCACCAGAAUAUGGAAUAGGUGGAAAGCUUACUACAAAAGGAGAUGUAUAUAGUUAUGGAAUUUUAAUUCUAGAGUUGUUCACAAGGAGGAGACCAACAGAUGAUAUGUUCACUGAAGGAAUCAAUCUACAAAAAUGGAUAGAAAUGCAUUUUCCAAAUAGAAUCUCAGAUGUGGUGGAUAAUUGUUUGCUUAUAGAUGCUCAUGAAUCAGGGACAUCAAUGGUAAUAGAAUGCCUUACUCAAUUUAUGCAAAUUGGGCUCUUUUGCACAAGGGAGUCACCUCAAGAGCGACCUGAUAUGACUGAGAUAGUUGAGAGAUUAAAUACAAUCAGAGGUGCAUUUCUUGAUACACCUAAAACUCCUCAAUUACCAAUAGACAUCUCACCUUUUCUUGACAAUACAAGAGAUAUAAAUAUGGCUGGUUCAGGGAACAAUGAAGGUUCAUCUACAUCUACUUCCUAGGUCUACAUAAAUAUUGUUGUUUUGUUUGCUAGUCAACUAGAUAAUAAUAAUGUCCAUGUAUUAUAUUUUGUAGUUCAUUAUAUA